AUGUCUACGAUGGUUCGAGGUCGCUCGCCAAACCACUCACCAUCACUUGACCCUGAUCCCGAGCAAGCUUCAACCCCAAUGAGACGCACGAUGUCCCCUCGUUCAGAGCCCAGACCCAGGAGCGAGCGAAGCGCAUCAUUUGAUCAUGUUCAUCGCAACGGUUACCGCUCCAAGAGCCGAUCUCGCUCUGUUUCGCGAUCAAGGAUGCUGUCACGAAGCCGAAGCUGGAGUAGUCGGAGCCGCAGCCGCAGUCGAGGUUCCCGACGGUGUAGAGACAGAAGUUAUAGUAGGACUCCUAGCCCUUCAGAUAGCCUGCCAAGGAGCUCAAAGAUUGUUGUUGAAAAACUCACAAAGAAUGUAACGGAGUCACACCUUCGAGAAAUAUUUGGGAGCUUCGGGGGAAUAGACAGCCUGGAUCUCCCUAUGAACAAAGCUUUUAUGACAAAUCGAGGAACAGCAUAUAUACUUUACAACGACCCCGCGGAUGCAGAGGCGGCUAUUGCACACAUGCACGAGGCCCAGCUCGAUGGGGCUGUGCUUAAUGCCCAUGGAAAGACACGAUCUUUAUCGCCCACGGUCUUUAUCUCGAUCACGAUCGCCACGUCGCUCUCGAUCAUCGGAACUCAGGUCAGCGUCCCCACCGAGGAGGAGGGGACAGCUGCGCUCUGGCAGCCCGCGACG